AUGAAAUCCUUCUUGCCUCUACUUUGCCUGUGUAGUUUGGCGAUGGCCGAAUUAUGUAUAGACAACAAGGCUCCCAGAUUUGAGCCUAAAAACAAACCGUUAGGAUGUUAUGUUCACAAUAAAACUAUGCCCGACACUUUAAAUGGCCUUUCUUCCCUGAGUCGGCCUGGAUUUAAUUUCUCUGAUCCUUACAUGGUCAAUAGAGACAACAUACUCAUGGAUGACGGAUUAUGCGUCGCUCAUUGUGCUGACUAUCUUUUCACGUUUGCAGCUCUUCGACAGGGCGAAGAAUGUAGAUGUGGGAACAGUGAUGGAUUGAAUUCAUACAUACAAGUCCCCGACUCCCAAUGCAAUACAACGUGUGUCGGUGAUAGUGCAAGUGAAUGCGGAGGCCAAAAUGCUUAUACAGUUUACGGCAAUGUUGUCGCCGAAUUACCAGAAAUCAAAGUCUCAAAAAUAGGUAUUGAAGAAAAAGUCACUGUCCUUCGUGAUCUCGACCAUGAAAAGUUGUAUAAAGGUUGUAUCCCAGACAGUCUUAUCUGCCACCGGGAAACCUUAAUGCAAGAAACCUUUGACAUGACAGUAGAGACUUGUAUAGAAUUUUGCGACGGACACGGUUUUCCAAACGCGGGACUCGAAUCAGGAACUCGUUGCAUUUGUAUGAAAAGCUUCGCAUCUACGAGUCUGCUACAUCCCGAAGAGUGUAGUACCAGUUGUGCAGGCAAUAGCUCGGUAAUUUGUGGAGGUCCCGUGUCCAUUAGCGUAUAUGCUGUAGACACACAAUCUGGACUUCAUCCUGGCUCACCGUUGAAGCCGUUAAUAUCCACAAUCAUAACAGCAGUAAUCGUAUUGAUAGCAGCAAUAAUUAUUCUACAUCGUUCGCGUAAACGACUUGCGAGGUAUUGGGCUCGCUUACGUGGCAAGACUUCACCCGAGGACGUUAUACUCUCGUAUUCGGUUAACGCUAAAGAUCUUGAUGCUGAGACUACUCAAAUUACAGACUCGACUACUCAUCUUACUACAAGUCAUGCUAAUAGUGAUGAUGUUGUCAAGAUAGACAGUCCGACCAAGAAUAAUUCGGCAUACAAUCUCACAUAA